AUGGUUGCUGUGACGAGCCAUGGAGGUGACAAUGGUGACGAGCCACAACAUCCGUUCCAUGGAGGUUUUGGUGAUCACCAGAUCAAUGUGUUGGCUCUAAAACGAAGAGGCAUAGGAUCACAAAUUCUAAAUGUAGCAUGUGGAGGUACGCUUUACGAAGACAUUGAGAAGGAAAUAACUAAAAACUCUCCACAAGUGAAGAAAGUGAGCCAUAUCGAUUAUGAAAACUACGAUGGACAUAGACAUGUAGUCAAUAUUGUGAAGAAUACCCAUUUGCAUCAAUGGUUUCACGAUUCUCUUGCAGAUGAUCCCAUGGCUUUUGCACUAGAUGGAUUGAUUGAAGGGUUUUAUGAUCCUGACUCUUAUAAUCCUGAAGAGGGUAAGUUUAUAAUGGGAUUACAGUUUCAUCCUCUGCGAAUGAGGAGAUUAGCUUAA